AGCCGCGCUGCCCGUUGUUGUGUACAGCGUGACCAUCUCCAGGGGACCGGCGUGCCGGGGAGGCCAAGCCGGGCAGGCAAACGCAGCCUCCCCGGUGCCCGUGACCCUCCUGGCAGGACGGAGGGCUUGGUCCCCAUCCCCAGCGCUCCGCUCGUGCCCAGGGAAGGGAAAGGGCCCAGCUGGGUACAGGUGCCCCGCAGUGCCCUCCCACCCAUGCGGCGCCUACUCCCCGCGGUGCUGCAGGGCGUUUUGGGAGCGGGUGCGAGGGACGGAGCAGGGCACCGCGUGCCCCAUGCCCCCGCACGCCGCCUCCCCUCGGCCCCAUCCCGGACGAGACAUGGAGGCUCCGGGGGACACGGAGCACUGGCAGCUCAUGGUGGCUCUUCGCAUCCGUCCCCUGAGCGCGGCCGAGCUGGAGGAGGGCGCCAGCCCCAUCGCCCACCGCCUGGGCGAGCAGGUCGUGGUGCUGCGUGACCCCAUGGAGGACCCCGAGGACGUCCUGCGAGCCAACCGCUCCCGGGAGAAAUCCUACGUCUUCGACGCAGCCUUUGACUCCACGGCCACCCAGGAGACCGUGUACCGUGCCACCACCCGGGGCCUCAUCGCCAGCAUCAUCUCCGGCUGCAACGCCACUGUCUUCGCCUACGGCCCCACCGGCUGCGGGAAGACCUACACCAUGCUGGGCACGGACCGCGAGCCCGGCAUCUACGCCCGGACCCUCGGCGACCUCUUCCAGGCCAUCGAGGACACCAGCGGUGACAUGGACUACGAGGUCUCCAUGUCCUACCUCGAGAUCUACAACGAGACGAUCCGGGACCUGCUGAACCCCUCGCUGGGCUACCUGGAGCUGCGGGAGGACUCCAAGGGUGCCAUCCAGGUGGCCGGCAUCACCGAGGUCUCCGCCGUCAACGCCGAGGAGGUCAUGCAGCUGCUGCUGAAGGGCAACAAGCAGCGGACGCAGGAGCCCACGGCCGCCAACCGCGCCUCGUCGCGCUCCCACGCGGUGCUGCAGGUCUCCGUGCGCCAGCGCAGCCGCCGGGCCGGCGCGGUCCGCCGGGGCCGCCUCUUCCUGAUUGACCUGGCGGGCUCGGAGCGGGCGGCGCAGAGCCAGAACCGCGGGCAGAGGAUGAGGGAGGGAGCCCACAUCAACAGGUCGCUGCUGGCCCUGGGCAACUGCAUCAACGCCCUGAGCGCCAAGGCGAGCCAGAAGUACGUCAACUACCGCGACAGCAAGCUCACCCGCCUGCUCAAGGACUCCCUCGGGGGCAACAGCCGCACGGUCAUGAUCGCGCACAUCAGCCCGGCCAGCACCGCCUUCGAGGAGUCGCGCAGCACCCUCGCCUACGCCGACCGCGCCAGGAGCAUCAGGACCUCGGUGAGGAGGAACCUGCUCGGCGCCUCGCACGGCAUGGUGCAGUACGGCAGCAUCGUCGCCGACCUCCGCAGGGAGAUCCGGCGCCUCCAGAGCCGGCUGGGGGCCGAGCCGGGGCGCCCGGGGCAGGGCGAGCGCGGGGACAUCCGCUGCAUCCAGGGUAGGUCCCGGCCGUGCCCUCGCCCUCGGCGCGGCCGGGGAGCCGCCGGCCCUGACGCCGCGUGGCCCCAGCCCCGGUGCGGCUGCAGGGCGAUGCGCACCCGGAGCUGGGCCGCCUGCGCCGGGAGCUGCGGGGCGCUUGCCGCGAGCAGGAGGCCCUGCGCCGCUGCCUGCUCGAGCUGGAGGGCACGGCGCUGCACGCCCGCCGCGAAGCCUCCCGCCACCUCCUCACCCUCGCCCGCUGGGACCAGAAGAGGCUGCAGGGCCGGCGGAGGAGCGAGGGGGAGAGGAAGGAGCCGUACGGCCCCGGCGACAGCGAGCGGGACUCGGACACGGGGGAUGACCGGUCGGACGUGCCGGAAUCACCUGACCUGGCCGCAGCCCGCGAAAGCAUCGCAGCCCUCGUGGAGGAGCAGAGCCGGCUCCGGGAGCACAAGGCAGAGCUGGAGCGGUGCUUCCAGGAGAGCCGGGAGCGCGCGCGGCGCCUGGAGCAGACCCUGCCGCGCUGGAGCAGCUCGGCGGAGCAGCGGGAGGUGCUGGCCCUGCUGCGCCGGCUGCACGAGCUGCAGCUGGAGAACGCGGCGACGCAGUCCCGCACCCUGCUCGAGGGCGGCCUGCCGCAGCCGCCGGCCGCCGUGCUGCAGCGCCUCGACCGCCACCGCGCCCUCUGCGCCCGCAUCAUCCAGCAGCAGCGGCAGCUCAUCGCCGACCACCGGCUGCCGGUGCCGCGGCGGCUGCAGGAGCUCUACGAGACCUACCGGCAGCAGCGGGCGGGGGGCCCGGAGCGCGGCGGUGCCCCAAAGGUACGGCCGCUCGGCCCCGGGGCCCGGCCAGCGCCCACCCCGCUGCCCCCCGCCCAGGGCCCCUCCCUGCCCAGCAUCUCGCCGGCCUCCGACCAGCGCAGCGCGGGCACGCGGGGCCCCCGGCACCCGGCACCGCGGCGUGGGGACGCCCUCCCGGCCCUGCUCCCCGGGGCACGCAGCGGCUCCGAGGCGGCCCCGCCACGCACCCCCGCGUCCGGCAGCACCACGAGCAUCGAGGACGGCGGCGCGGCGGGGACGGCAGCCCGGUGCCCGGACACCUGGGUGCAGGCGCGCAAGAAGGGUGGCAAGAAGCCGGGGAAGAGGGACGAGCCGCCGGGUGCCCAAAGGAGGACGAGGCGCUCGCGGUCCUUCGAGGUCGCCGGAUGCGGGCUCGGGGGUCCCGAGGCCGCAGCGCCGCGGCCCCACGUGCUGCAGAGCAGCUCCGAGCACACGGUGCCGGCGGGGCACUGGGCAGCGCCCGCCGCAGCGAUGCCCGCAGCGAGGGUCCCGCAGAGCCCGCUCGCCGGUCCCGGGGGCUCGGCGCUGCCCACCCCCCUCCGCCUCCGCGUCGGCGUGAAGACGGGCUGGAGACGCUGAGCCGAGCACCGGCCCCGUGCCACGCCAGCGGGGCUGAGCACCGCCCCGGCACCGCGCAGGAUGCCCU